UUUGCACUGCGGGGCUUUUGGUGCCAGAGGGCGCUGAGAUCUCAGUUGCAGCAGCAGCAGCAGCAGCUGGGGGAGGAGCUCCGUAGUUCAGGGCGGAUCCCGCGAAGAGAUCAGCCGCCGGUUUCAGGAACGCGGAGAAGAAGCCGGGUCGGCGAGGCGCUGGGCGUCCUCCUCGGGGUUGGCACCACCAUCACCGCCGGCGCCCGGGCAUGAGGAUGACGGUCGCUGCGGCGGGGGACGGGGGCUCGCCCAGUCCAGGCCCCGCGGCGGUAUCGCUGGGUCUAAGUGUGGCUGUGGUCUCCAGCCUGGUGAAUGGCUCCACGUUUGUGCUGCAGAAGAAAGGGAUCGUGCGCGCUAGAGGACGAGGAACUUCAUAUCUAACAGACAUAGUCUGGUGGUCAGGCACCAUUGCAAUGGCCCUUGGCCAAAUCGGGAAUUUCUUAGCCUAUACUGCAGUUCCUACUGUUCUGGUGACUCCUCUUGGAGCGCUUGGAGUUCCAUUUGGAUCAAUUUUAGCUUCCUACUUACUGAAAGAAAAACUCAACAUUCUUGGCAAGCUGGGCUGUCUGCUGAGCUGUGCAGGUUCUGUUGUUCUCAUAAUCCAUUCUCCGAAGUCUGAAAGUGUCACCACACAGGCCGAGCUUGAAGAGAAGCUCACAAAUCCAGUGUUCGUGGGUUACCUCUGCAUUGUCCUUCUCAUGCUCCUCCUGCUUAUCUUUUGGAUUGCACCUGCUCACGGACCCACCAACAUUAUGGUUUACAUCAGCAUUUGCUCAUUGCUAGGAAGCUUCACAGUGCCCAGUACAAAAGGCAUUGGACUAGCUGCUCAAGAUAUCUUUCACAAUAACCCAUCGAGCCAAAGAGCACUGUACCUCUGUGCGGUCCUGCUGGCAGUAUUAGGAUGCAGCAUCAUAAUUCAGUUCAGGUACAUCAAUAAGGCUCUGGAAUGUUUCGACUCCUCGGUGUUUGGUGCCAUCUACUAUGUAGUGUUCACCACCCUGGUCUUGCUGGCCUCAGCCAUCCUUUUCAGAGAGUGGAGUAAUGUUGGAGUGGUGGAUUUCUUGGGGAUGGCUUGUGGAUUCACCACUGUAUCUAUUGGAAUUGUUCUCAUACAAGUCUUCAAGGAGUUCAAUUUCAGUAUUGGGGAUUUAAAUAAGCCCAAUACGAAGACUGAUUAAUACCAUGAUAUCAAAAGGGACUGGAUGACCCAGAAAAUA